CUGACGUAAAGCAGAGCGGAGUGCUGCUCAGCCGCAGAUCCGCGCGUGUCUCAGCGACGACCGCUUGUGGAUUGUACCUGUAGCAAACUACAUUUCUUGUUUCAAUGCAUUUCUCUCAGGAAUUUAGUAAUGUGGAGACUCCUGUCGUGGAUUCUUUUGACAUCCAGUUUGCACCAGGCCAGUUUCCACAACUCCACAGACUCUCCUCCUAUGACCACAGAAUUGGACCCUUAUAACCGAAAUCGAUACUGUAAAUGGCCCUGUAAGUGUCCCAAGAGCGCCCUUGUUUGCCCACAUGGGGUCAGUCUGUUAACGGAUGGAUGUGACUGCUGCAAGGCUUGUGCCAAGCAGGCAGGAGAGACCUGUAAUGAGAGAGAUAUCUGUGACUAUCAUAAAGGACUUUACUGUGACUACAGCGCUGACAAGCCGAGGUACGAAAAAGGAGUGUGCGCAUAUGUUAUGGGCACAGGCUGCGAGUAUAAUGGCGUGAUUUACCGUAAUGGCCAAAGCUUCCAGCCCAAUUGUAAAUACCGCUGUCUGUGUGUAAAUGGGGCAAUUGGAUGUGUGCCUCUGUGCACUGAUUCGUUGCCACCACGAGUUUGGUGUCAGUCUCCCAAACGAGUAAAGAUCCCAGGCCAAUGCUGCGAAAAAUGGAUCUGCGAAGAGUCUCGUAAACCACGAAAGACCAACCCCAGACAUGCCCCCGCUGAAGUCUCCGCUAAUGAUAUUUGGCAUAACAACUGCAUUGCCCAGACGACCCCAUGGAGUCCCUGCUCAAAGACCUGUGGACGGGGCAUUUCGCUGCGCAUCUCUAAUGAAAAUGCUGGCUGUGUGAUGGAGAAAGAGUCUCGACUGUGUAACCUCCGACCCUGUGAGGUGGACAUCACCAAGCACUUCAGACCGGGUAAAAAAUGCCUGAAUAUCUAUCGUGAGCCAGAGUUUCAGAACUUCACCAUCUCAGGCUGUGUCAGCAAGAAGCCUUAUUGGCCCAAAUACUGUGGUGUCUGUACUGAUGAGCGCUGCUGCAUCCCUUACAAGUCCAAGACCAUCGAGGUGGAGUUUGAGUGUCCAGAUGGAGCACUUCUCACCUGGAAAUACAUGUGGAUCAACGCCUGCUUCUGCAACCUCUCCUGCAGGAAUCCAAACGAUAUCUUUGCAGAUCUGGAGCAGUACUAUGAGUUUAAUGAGAUUGUUAACUAGUUUACAAAGAGCCAAGUGCUAUAUCUUUAUACGGGAUCCUUCUGCUCACAUUUGGAGUCCAUGAAAAGCAUCAGUGACACUAAUAGGGAUACUCUAGUUGAUGGUACGGAAAAAGGAUUAUUCAAUGUUGAUUAGAAAUCAUUUCAGAUGAUUUAUGAAUAAACAUCAGCACAGUUACUCAUAUUGAGAAAACUUGUAAGGGAACGUUUGUAUGAUAAAAGAGGUUUCGAAUGCAUGCAUAAGAGAAGACUAAUGUUAAGUUUGAGAAGUAUUGAAUUUAAGAUGUUUUGUAGACUUCCUGCUACAGACGUGCCAAGUCCCAAAGAAUUUGUUUGUUUUUACAAAUGUAUGUUGUGUUCAACGAUAAAAGGAAUUCUCCUUAAAGGAAUAUAAAUCAUGCAUUCUAAAAAUAUAUAUAUAAUUUAGUUCAAA